AUGAAGAAGGCAGACAAGCCAGGUGAGCAGGUGGAAUAUUUCCGUAAAAGGUGUGAUGUCUCUAAGGAAGAGAAGAGGGAGAAGCCAAACAAUCAAACACGAUUUAAAAAGAAGACAAAAAAAAGGAGAAAUGCGUUUCCUUUGUCCUACAUCCAGGUUAUUUCCUACGCUAUCCUUAGCUCACCGCAAAAACGAGUCACUUUGGCUGAGAUAUAUGAUUUCAUCCAAAACAACUAUCCUAGCUUCACUGAGAAUAGAGUACGUUGGAAGAACACUGUCCGUCACAAUUUGUCCCUUCAUGAAUGCUUUCAGCGAGGAGAGAUCGCGAUGCACAGGGCUGGAUGUUACUGGCGGAUCCAUCCCAGCUUUUUGGCAGAGUUUAGCCGCGGAAAUUUUUCGACAAAACGCAGAUCGAUGUGCCAGAAUCCACCUUUGACUAGCACUUUACUCGAAAACCACAUCGCUGUUGAACGUCCUUGCUUCCCAUGCUGUAUUCAUCAGCCAAACCCACCAUUUUCUGUUGCUCCCAUUUCACCGCUGACGCCGCUGUAUUCAGAUCAUCGCCAUAGGAGCUUUCCUGUGACAUACGCGGAUCAAGUCACCUUCUUACCAUCAUGGCAACCCACUGGAUGGUAA